AUGGCAGCCUCCAUUGAGUUACGUGUUUUAGAGUUGUACAGUGGCAUUGGUGGGAUGAAUUAUUCAUUGAAAGAAAGUGGAGUGAAAUAUGAAAUAAUUGCUGCAAUAGAUAUUAAUACAACAGCUAAUCAGAUUUAUCAACAUAAUUUUCCUGACCAUAAUUUAAUGGCAUUCGGAAUUGAGAAAUUAACAUUAAAACAGUAUGAAAAGUGGAAUAUAAAUACUAUAUUAAUGAGUCCACCAUGUCAACCAUUUACUAGAGUUGGUAAUAAAAAUGAUGUUAAUGAUAUUAGAACUCAGUCAUUUCUUCAUAUAUUACAGUUGAUACAUCAAUGUAAAGAGAAACCAAGUUAUAUUUUGGUUGAAAAUGUGAAAGGAUUUGAAGAAUCUGAAGCUAGAAAUAAGUUAAUUGAAAUGCUUACAACUAAUCAUUACCAUUAUCAGGAGUUUUUAUUGACCCCCCUACAAUUUGGUAUUAGUAACUGUAGAUUACGAUACUAUAUGAUUGCUAAAUUACAAACAGUUCAGUUUUUAUUUACACCAUCUAGUAAGAUUUUAACAUCUAUACCAAACUGUCCUGAAGAAUGGUUGAAAUAUCUACAGUGUAGUGAAGAGACAGACAAUCCUGUUUCUAAUAAAUGGGACCAAUUCGAAUCUUGUGAUCAAAAUAUCCAUCAAGAGGAUAUUGAAACAGACUAUAUCUGUGAUAAAUGCCUCAAAUUAAAGUAUUUUUUAGAAAGUAAAAGUGAUGAUUAUUUUCAAGACUAUUUAGUGGAGAAGAAAGAUUUUAAAUGGUUCAUUGUCAUGGACAUUGUUCACCCUGGUUUGAAGAAAUCAAUGUGUUUUACUAAAAGGUAUGGUCAUUAUAUAAAUGGUGCUGGACCAAUUUUACAAAUGUCACAUGACUUAACCUGUGAUUUGAAAACAAAAAUAACCACUUUAAAUUCUCGUGAUUUCUGGACAGAAGAAGAAACUAAAAUAAUUGAGAAAUUAAAACUACGAUAUUUUACUCCAAGAGAAAUUGCCAAUUUACUUUGUUUUCCUUCUAGUUUUAGUUUCCCUGAUAAUCUGAGCAGAAUUCAACUUUAUCGUUGUCUUGGUAACAGUUUAAAUGUCCAUGUAGUAUCUAUUUUAAUAAGAUUGCUUGUAUUAGAAAAAUAUGCAUCUUGA